UCUAUGCAAAAUGGCGGCAGAUUUCUUUUGGACAACACUUUUUACAAUUCUCUUCUUCGCCUUACCAGCGUUGAUAAGAAGUCAAAGUAAUAGAACUGUGUUUUCUCCCUCGUCUACGUCAGGUUGUACCUGUGAUCUAACUGGUAAUGGGUGUGAUGUGAAUUGUUGCUGUGAUACUGACUGUACCACAGUAGAUCAACAGUCAUUUACAGAAUGCAGAGACAAUGAUGUCAAUCGAGAUAGCAGAGUGUGUGUUUCCGAAGAAGUUAUUUUUAAGCAAAACACCAAGUUUUUGACUGAAACUACAGGGACUGGUUUGUUCUGUAUUGUCAGAGACAACUAUGAAUCUCGCAAUUUUUAUAAUGAUGUGCAGACUGCUACUACCAGUGAAGAAUUCUCUAACUUAAAGAGUCAAUCAGCUGCUGCUACUGUGUAUGAUUACAGUGGACAGUCAGAUACAAGUUCUUCAGGAUCAACCUCAUACAUGGUGGGUGAUCCAAUCAUUCUUCAAUUUAACAAUGGUGCAAAAGGAUUCCUAGUCCUACCCAGACCCUUGCUUGGAGGUGAAUGUGAUGACAGGAGUGCUGCAGGAUAUCGUCAGGAUGCUAGCACAGAGUGCACCAGAACCAUUACAGAUUUGACUACAGAAUGUGAAUCAAAUGCAGUACUAAGUGCUAGAAGUUAUUUUGAAGGCUUUGAGGUUGUUAAGAAUCCUGCCAUCAUCCCAUCAAAUAGUACAGUCACCAACUCAACCAACAACUCAACUAGCCCUGUCAGUAACUCUGUAGCUGUUGAAGUCAAACAGCCUGUGUUGUGUAAAACAAACCUUGGUAUACCAAUUCAGUGCUCCUUCAUUUCACCCCCACAUCCGACUUUAGAUGCUCAAAACAAGACAUGUAAUGAUGUUACUUAUGAGGUGUCAUAUACAAUACUUUAUUCCAAUGACUCAACUGACAUUGUGUCAGUGCUGGCUGAGUUUGUAUUGGGAAGCAUCGCAGCAGAAGACAGAGUGGCCCUGAGGCAAAAAGUCUCCAUCAGGUUUCUAAAGGCCGGAAGUGAAGACAACACAUUCAAGAGAUCAGGCAAUCCUGGUUACAUUGUUGGCGAGCCUCUGGUUGCAGGCAAUUUGACCACAGAGAGUGACAAGGAGGCGAUCGCUCUGAACAGCGACCGUAACACUUGGCUAACAAUCAUCAGUCCUACAGCAGGUGGAACUUGCUGCAGUAACUGCACUGAUCGUACCUCGGUAGCAUUUGGAGUAGACAUGCGCACUGGCUGCACUAUCAGCAUCCCGCAGGGAUCACAGUUACAGUGCAAGUUGCUUCAAGAAACAGUGUACAACACAUUGUUAAGAGACCAACCCACUUACGUGGCUUCUUUCGGAAACUCAGAUGUGAACAGCGUGGGAGACUGGCCUGUACAAGGAGACAAUGAGUGUCGGAACAUGAGAUUGGGGCUUCACAUCGAAGUUCUGUUUGCAAAUUUUGGUUUCUUAGCCAAACCCCAACCGCGGGUAGUGGGAGUUAUGUAUACAUAUGACGAACCGAAGGAUGUGCAGUAUCAGUGCAGGGGAAUUAACUGUCAGCCUGGUAGCUCCAGCCUCGAGCAGCGAGUGGAGGUCGUCUCAUCGGUCGGUUUCGUUGAUGUCUCCAACCGACCAGAACCGCUGGUCAAACCUGUACCUACCUUUGAGGCUAAAGCAGCGUCCGAUUUCUUUUUCCCUUUCUUUUGAACCGAUCAGUUUAUUGACUAACCACCCUGGUUAGAGCAACUCGUAGACCCAAACGAAUUCUCUUUGAAUUCGUUUGAGGUGAAUUUCAUCGCAAUUGUCUCAAGCUUGACGAUUGUUUCAGCGUUCACGACGAGUGCUCGGCGAUUCCCAGCAAAAGACCAUCGUCUCAGAGAUUGUAUGGUAACGGAGAUACAAAUCUGAUAAACUGCUCAGUUUGUAAUUUAGAAACUUCUUCAACAAACAGGAGUCCACGGUCAGUGCGGAAGGUACAUUUAUCAUGGAAGGGAAAAAAAGUAAUGUUUUUUUUGUUGAAAGCAAAGAUUCAAGUAAUGCGGCAAACUGGUUCGAAAUAGUUGGGAAACGAUGUGCAAGGGUGUACAACCUGCUCGACAUCUGACAAAUCAGUUUUACAUCGGAUUGGGGGGAAGAAGGAAGUGGUAGAUCAGGCGUUAACGGUGGAAACAAAAACUGGAAUGCAGAGAAUAUGUUGGAGUAUCUUUGUGGACUGGUUUUGUGGAACAUGACCAGGUCUAACUACUAACAAUAGUUUUAUUUAUCAAAAAGGAAAUUCCAAAGUAACUGAUAUUACACUGCGGCGUUGUAAUUAUGAUAAAGUUUGUUGUUUGCACUUGUUUAAAUAUUCUUGCAAAGAAAAAGUUUUCAGUUAAGUGUGUAUCAUUUUAAUUGUAACGAAGAUACACGAAAGUGUGUUAAAGGAUAAUAAUACGUCUCAUCAUAUGUAUCUCUUUGUUGAAUGGAUAAAUGGAUAAAAUCCGUGACAACUGUUGCUUGAAAAUAAUGAAAAUAA